CACUUUAUACACAGGUAUCAUGGAAGAGAGGCGGUGGUCGUGUCGGCCCUUCAAGUCGAGAAACACCCAGUAUCAACACCGGGACCGUUUACGCCGCCCCCGGCCCGUCUUCAAACGAGGCCGUCCAUCGUGAGCAGACCGCAGCCAAAACCGCAUUCUCCCAAGAUGAAACUAAGAUAUCUAAAAAGCGUAUUUCCCGUCGUUGAAGAAACAAUUCUUUUGGACACGCUUUGUAACUCGGACAAUAACGUUACCCACGCCACCGAAAGGCUUUUACACCUAGGAUUCAACAAAAAGGACACCCCGCCUCCAAGAGUGUCUCUCAAAAAGAAGGAACAACCUGAUGAUGUCAGAGAAAUUCCUCUUCGUCCUCCUUUUCGGCCAGGGGUUACAAAAACAGAAGAAGAGAAGAAAGAAAUGAAAAAUCAUUUGUGCCAAAAAUACCCCAAUCUGCCUGAAAUGGUUAUAUCCCUUGCAAUGGACAGUGCAUCGUACAAUGAAGAAACCGCUGAGACAAUUUUGUCAUUGAUGCUUGAAGAGAAACCGGUCAAACAAAAAGAGACAACCGAAGAAGUGUCCGAAGCCCCUAAAAUAAUAACGGAAGACGCGGAAAUUAAGACCGAAGCGGUUCCUAUCAGCCCAGUAGCCAUUGAUGAAAAAAGCUUCAAGAAAAGACAAAAAGGCCGGGUGGAUCAGAGGCAAGUAUUAAUCAAGGAAACACAAAUAGAGGUUAAAGAAGAUGCACAGAUGAAAAAUUGCACUUUUGAAUCACCAUUGCUAAUCAAGCCCAAGGGUCCAAAUUCAUUGAUUUCAAAAGGCCCCAAUGAGAGUCUAUUGCUUGAGGACUACGUACCAUGGAUCGGGCCAAAGAGGAACUUAGCCAUGGGUUCGAACAAAUCCCUUUGCGUCGGACCAAGAGGUGCCAAAGGACCCGACUUAUCAGCGAGGAAAGGUCCUCAAAGCUCUUUGGCCAAAGGAAGCAUAUAUUCCAAGUUUCAAGUUCACCCGGGUACGAGGUGCAACUAGCAAAAGAAUGAGGCCAUCAGGUCGAGGAGAAGGUCAUGGAGCGCACCACCCAUCUUACAGCCCUACCAUUCUCUCACACUGAUGAUCGCUAAGGAGAGGCAGUUUGGCAGGAAAAUGAUAAUCAUAUGAUUUGCUCAAACUACAGAUUGAAUUAAUAUAUUUUUGAGUAUGCUGACUUGUCCAGAUAUAGAGAAUAUAUGAUAAAAAAAGCUGCACUUAUUCUAUCAAAAUUUUGAUAGGCUAAUAAUUAAAAAUGACAUUAUUUAGUAAACAAAUAAUGUGCCAAACUACGUAAAAAUUAAUAUUUAGUGAA